AUGUUGGGCCAUCACAGAGAAGACGGAGGAGGAGGAGGAGGAGGAGGAGACAGUGACAAUGAUAAUGAUAAUAAUGGUGGUGGUGCGGCUUAUCCCGCCCCAAGCAGCAUGAUACACCACGGCUUGCCCGCUUCCCGACAGCAAGCGAAACCACAAUGGCCAAACGCCGGACCCUGGUCGAAACCAGACGAACAGACCGACUACUCCUACUACCAGCAGCAAUACAACCAGCGCCAUCAGCACUAUCCUCCCCGCAACUUUCCCGUCCAGAAUCUUCACUCUUACCAAACACGCUCCAACCACCAACGACGACCGUCGAGCUCGCCGAAACCGACGCUCGAUCUAUCACACGACCGCCGACAGAUCCACCCUGACCUCCUUUCUCCUCGCAGCGACUCUUUCUUUUAUAGCUCCCCGAAUGCUCGGCGCAAUCCGGCCUUGACACCGACCGCCUCCCAUUUUCCGAACAGCAGUGCUCGGAUGAGGGCCGAGUCGAACCCCGCGUCGAGACCGCCGCCCAGGUCGGCUUUUCCUGGCCUGUCGUCGAACCCUUUCAUCAUUGAGGCAUACGAACCAGAACCAGAACCUGAACCUGAGCCGACACCGCAAUCGGAGCCCCCAUCGCGGGCGCAUUCUCGACCGCCGAGCGAUGAGCCGCCACGCAAGUUCCCGCUCCUUGCCCGACAUCACGAGCAAAUCGGGGGGGCGAUGUCUCCAGCCUCGAUGAUGUCGCGCUUCGAGUCACCGCCCGGCAGCAGGCGAGGCACACCAACCCCAUCGGAAGGUACUGUCGUGACAGUCGAAAACUUUUCUCGGCCACGGAAGACGAGCAUUCGGUCGCAGCAGUCUGAUGGUGCUUUGUCGUCACGACGGAUGGGGCUGAGUCGCCCGCAGGUGGAGCCGACGCUGGAAGAGUCGGGAGAGUAUCAGAGUGAUUAUCAACAAGUACACGCGCAAUCCCACGCGCCCGGAAAUCCGUGGCCUAGGCUCCGGAGACUGUCUGGCUCGUCCUCACAGUCUUCCAGUACGUUUUCCUCGAUUGCGCCUCGCCCGUCGCAGGAUCAUGCUCCGAGAAGCGAGACUCCGAGAAAUAUGAACGCCCCCAUUGCGGCCUUGGCCGGCCCCUUUGCGAGAUCGGUGCUGGGUCCCAGUAGUAGUGGCACUCAGGCCUACGCUCGGGAAGAGCAGGCGGCACAAGAACAACAACAGCAGCAGCAGCAGCAGCAACAACAGCAACAGCAACAGCCAGUUCAACCUCGCGAGCCACCACCAUGGCUCUCGGCACCGGACGAAACCCUUCGGUCGAGCUUUCGAUCCCAGCUCACAUCCUCCACGGCUCAGGGCACGUUAUUCACAGCGACGGGAACCGAGAGAAACAGCGUUCUCACCAAGGCGAGCAGUGUCGGGGAUCACCAAUCUAUUACUAACAUCUAUGCUCGGGCAAGCUGGUGGCACAACUCCAUCAUUGGAGACGAUGGGCUUUUGGAGGAUGUGAUGGGAAUGUACGAGAGAGGGUUCAACGAUUCGGACAUUGAAAGCAUACGGAAGAGCAUGAGGUUUGCGGACGACGAGGACAUUUUUGCGCAGGCUGAUUUGGACAACCCGAUGCCACGGAGGAACAGCUCGAGGCCUGCAAGCAGCCACCAUUCCGACGCCGACGUGGUGAAGGAGAAGAUAUUGGAAGCGAUGAACGACAGCUUGCCAGCGCCAACUGGCAUCGCGAUUCCGAUGGGCAGUCCGGGUUCGAGACAGUCGGUUCCCAAGUUUAGACAGUCGUUACUGCCAACGAACUCGUUGCCGAAGGAUUUCGGAUUUGGACAGCAUAUCGCGAAGAGAAAUCUGGCUGAAGCCGAAGGGCUGGAGAAGCACGAUUCGGCCAAGUUGGUGGAUAGGGAUGAUGUCCCAGUGCAGCAGGCGGUGGAACGGGAGGAAGAGAGACCAGUUUCGCCCUUGUCGCCUGUACAGCCAGAGCUACCGAUACCCACGAUGCCGAUACCAGCUUCUCGCCCUACAACGCCAUCUCGCGCUCCGCCACCAAUGCCACAGGAACCACCGGAGGAGCCAGGCGCCCGGGACCGGUACGGGUUCCGAAAGGCGGGUCCUAAUGUUUCCCGCCAGGCGUAUGACGCUUGGAACGCCGGUUAUACCGAAUACUUGUCCAGGAGACGCAAGAAGUGGAUUGCCUUUCUCAAGGACAACUCGCUCAUGACGGACCGACCUAUACGAUUCCCGCCACGCAGCACCAAGACGAAGAGAUUCAUCCGAAAGGGCAUCCCGCCAGACUGGAGAGGGGCGGCCUGGUUUUACUACGCGGGCGGGCCGGCGAUUCUGAGCAAGCACCGGGGUGUGUACGAAGAUUUGCUGAGGCGGGCUGCGUUGGAUCCCACCGGGCCGGGGAGCAUGCCGGGGUUGGUGGGGGAGGUGAAGCCGUUGAUUGUGGACGAUAUCGAGAAGGAUUUAUACAGGACGUUUCCUGACAAUAUCCGGUUCAAGCCGCCGCCCAGGCCGGCGCCGCCACCUCCGAGUAGUCCGGUUGGCGGUGAGGAGGGAGAUGAUGCGGUCGAGGUCGAGCCAGCGCCAGAGCCGGAGAUCAUCACGUCGCUCAGGAGGGUCUUGCACGCGUUUGCGUUGUAUAACCCCCGGAUUGGGUACUGUCAGAGUCUGAACUUUCUGGCUGGGUUACUGCUGCUGUUUGUUGAGACCGAGGAGCAGGCGUUUUGGUUGCUUAAUGUCAUCACCAGGGUUUAUCUUCCGGGCACGCACGAGAUGAGCCUGGAGGGAUCAAAAGUUGAUCUUGGGGUUUUGAUGGUGGCGCUCAAGGACUCUCUCCCUAAUGUCUGGAAGCAAAUAGGAGGCGACGAGGACAUGGGACUGGGCGGGGGAGGAGGGGGAAAGAAGAAACCCAAACGAGGCCUCCCCGGCAGCGGACACAGGGCCAACCAGCAGAGCGUGAGCGAUCCUAAUCGGCUCCCUGCCAUAACACUCUGCAUGACGGCCUGGUUCAUGUCUUGUUUCAUCGGGACUCUCCCCAUCGAGACGGUCCUGAGAGUCUGGGACGUGUUUUUCUACGAGGGGAGCAGGACGCUGUUUAGGGUUGCGUUGACGAUCUUCAAGCUGGGGGAGCCCGAGAUCAAGGCGGUGCAGGAUCCGAUGGAGAUGUUUGGGGUUGUGCAGCAGUUUCCACGGAAGCUGCUGGACGCGAACGCGCUGAUGGAUUUGUGCUACAAGAGGCGGAACGGGAUCGGGCAUUUGAGCCAGGAUGAUGUUGAGGAGAAGAGGCAGGAGAAGAGGGAUGGGAUUAGGAGGUGGAUCGCAGAAGAAGAGGAUGACGCUUUUGUCUGA